GACGGAGCUCGGGGCCCGCCCCUUGUCCCAGUCCCCUCCAGUCCCCGCCCGGCGCCCCCUCUGGCGCUCUCGCGCGAGCUGGCUCCCACCUCCAGGCCCCUCCGCCAGCUCCAGCCAUGCCGGCCUGGCGCUCGGCGGUCCUUGUCUACCUCGCUUUCUCCUUGGCCGCCAAAGUCCAGAGAGCAUCUGGAGACGAUGACUGGAAGCUGGAGGAUGCAGUCGAGAAAACUUCAGUAAAGCCAAGAUGGGACCGCACCACUACAACCAAGAGACCCACAACAACCAGAGCUCCACUCAAGCCUCCAGGAAAGGAUUUUGACUUGGCCGAUGCCUUGGAUGACCGCAACGAUCCAGACAAAGGUCAUAGGAAACCCAACCCUGCUGGUGGAGGCUUCUCCGACAAGGAUCUGGAAGACAUCGUAGGUGGUGACUACAAGCCGGACAAGGGCAAAGGUGACGGCAGGUUUGGCAGCAACAGCAACGAUGACACUGGAUCUGGAAUGUCAGCAGAGACAGGCACCAUUGCUGGUGUGGCCAGUGCCCUUGCCAUGGCCUUGCUCGGCGCCAUCUCCAGCUACAUCUCCUACCAGCAGAAGAAGUUCUGCUUCAGCAUCCAGCAACCCUGCUCAACUCUGACUUAUUGGUUUGGGAGAUUGAACCUGAAACCGCAGAGCCUCAGGCAUGAGAAUCUGUUUGCAGAACUACUAUGAAGGGGUGCACGCUGACUACGUGAAGGGGGAGAACCUGGAGGCUGUGGUGUGCGAGGAGCCCCAAGUGAAGUAUUCGCUGCAGCCACAGGCCACACAGCCGCCUGAGCCCACUCGGAUCUGAGCCUCCAUUCCAUGGACCCUGCUGCCCUGCUCCCGCGACAUCACCAAAUUCUCCUGAGUACGAGCUUUCCCUCAAACCCAGGUCUUUGUGUACCCACGGAGAGGGUCUGUGGGGCCUCACACAGACCCAGGUGUGAGCCUGAACCCCACACCUGCCUCCAAGCCAGCUGCCCCCACACUUUGGUGGGGCUUGUGAAGGGAGACCCCAGAGCUUGGGGACCGGGGUCUACACCCAGGCCUGGCUGUCCGCACUGUAUAGGCUGUCGGCUGUGACCAAAGGGUACCCUCUUCUCUUGGAGCUCAUGAGAGGAAGCAGCUACUGAGCACCGGCUAUGGGUAGGGGUAGGGGCCCCCUUCCUUCCAGCUCUGUCUCUCUGUCUCUCUCUCUCUCUCACACACACACACACACACACACACACACACACACACCCAAGGGAAAGAGCUUUUCAUUUAUUUAAGUGCAAAUGGCCAAGUCUCAAGUCCUGCCCUGGGGCCAUUAGGAAUCUUCUGGGAAAGCUGGAAGCUGCUCCUCUCAGGCCUGACUCCCCUCUAAGUGUGCAGGGCUUCCUAGGAACACCAGGAGGGUCAGAGUAACUCCUGCACUGGAGUGGCUUCCUGCUGUGUGUGCUUACUCUGCAGCCAGGCCUCAGGCUUCUGGCCUGUGCAUGGAGAGCCGAAGCUUGCUGAGAGAUGCCUACCUGAGGGAGGGAGGGAGGGAGGGAUGGGCUUAGUGGUUUAGUGAAAUACACUACAUCUGGCUUGGUCAGUCUGUCUGUCACAUUCCUGACUGUCCUAUUCUGGUGGCAAGUGUGGGAGGCACUGGCCCCCCUCGAGUUGACCAGAGCUGUCUUCUCUGACCCAAGCAGAGCUGACUGCUGGAACAUUCCCUCUGGCCCACCCAGGGCCUGUCCUCCAGACCUCUCACAGUAUCUUCAGUGGCAUCCUCUUCUGUGGGGGAGAAUGCAAGGCCCAAACCAGCAGGGUGUUACAUCCAGCAUCUCUGCCCUGCAGGUGUCAUACACACACACACACACACACACACCACUGCCUUGCAGUGGGUUCCCCUGUGUUGGCUUGAAGCAGGUGUUACUAGACCACAACCUGUUUCCUUCUAGUCAGCCUUUGGGUCCACACCACCCUUCCCCACUGUGGGGUGAAGGUUCCCUAACAAGCCAGGGCCAUGGGGCUGGGGCUGGAGCUGAGGAGAGCCCUGUGUGGCACCCCAAAGGUGGGGGAAACAUGGUCCUAAGGGCCCUCCCACGAGCUUCAGCCUGCCUGUCCCUCCUGACGGUGACAAGGGCUGGUAGUCCCAGUACUCUGCAGCCAGAAGGUAUGUGCACAUAGCCGUGACCUUGGCACAAGGGGACAUUGUCUCGAGACCUGACAGCUUCAUAUGGCUCUGGAACAACCCCCUCCCCCGCAGGCGUGUAGAAGGGAGGCAGUGAGGCCACCAAGGCCUGCAGCAAGGUCCUUCUCACCAUGACUCCAAGGCUGGGGCAUUACAGAGACUCCUGUGGCCUAGCUGUCCCUGGGUGUCAUAGCCUCUCUACUGGGCAGCCUAUCCCAACCUCCUCACUUUCCAGUGAAGUGGAUGAGAGGGACAACCUGCCACCCACUCUGCCCCCUGCUGGGAUGUCAGAGAAGCUCCCUCCAUGGACACCAGUUCUCAGCUCCUCAUGGGUUCCUAUUCUCUCUGUUUUUUUUUUUUUUUUGCCUCCAGGGUUAUUGCUGGGGCUCAGUGCCUGCACCGUGAGUCCACUGCUCCUGGAGGCCAUUUUUUUCUCCUUUUGUUGCCCUUGUUGUGGUUAUUAUUUUUAUUGUUGAUGUCGUUCAUUGUUGGAUAGGACAGAGAGAAAUGGAGAGAGGAGGGGAAGACAGAAGGGGAGAGACAGACACCAGCAGACCUGCUUCAUCGCUUGUGAAGUGACUCCCCUGCAGAUGGGGAGCUGGAGGCUUGAACCGGGAUCCUUACGCCGGUCCUUGCACGAUCCUUGCACUCUGCGCCACAUGCACUUAACCCGCUGCUCUACUGACUAACCCCCCCAUUCUCUUCUUAGCCACUCACCAAGAGGCCCAGCUCCCAGGACAUCAAUGCCAGUGGCCUGUGGGGAGUGAUGGGCCAAGGGGGGGUGAAGGAAUUAGAAACUUCCAGCUGAUGUUUCCCUGCCCUUUUCGGGGUGCACUCCUGCUGGACAGUUUAGCUCUGGGGACACUCCCUUGGGACCUGGAAAGGCAGCACCACACCCACUGUGCCAGGAACCUGACAGCCAGGGACAGGACUCCUGCACCCCUUGUAGCCAUGUGGACAGUGGCCUGUUUAGGGUACUAUGUUCCUCGCACCAUUCAGCUUGGCUGGCAAACCAAGAAGCCACCUGGUCAGUCCUGUGGAGCACCACACAGUGGCUGCCAGCAGCAUGGUCAGGGUCACAUGAAUGGCAGCUAUGUGCCACUUCAGUCUCAAAGGAAAUCAGUACCAUGUUCUCAACUCCUGUGACUCCCGCCUAUCAUGGCUGGGGACAGGACUGUAUAAGAAAGGCAGUGUGAGCUUUUUUUUUGUUUGUUUUCAUUUUUCUAUAUUUAUUUUUCCUUCUGUUGCCCUUGUUUUUUAUUGUUGUAGUUGUUGUUGUUAUUGAUGUUGUUGUUGGAUAGGACAGAAAUGGAGAGAGGAGGGGAAGAUAGAGAGGGGGAGAGAAAGACAGACACCUGCAGACCUGCUUCAGGCCUGUGAAGCAACUCCCCUACUCCCCUACAGGUGGGGAGCCGGACACUUGAACCAAGAGCUUUUUUUUUUUUUCUUUUUUGCCACUGGGGCUUGGUGCCAGCACUAUGGAUCCAUGGCUCCCAAUGGCCAUUCACCCCCUUUUUUCCCCUUUUCUUAUUUUAUUUUUAUUCUCCCUUUUGUUGCUCUUGUUGUCUUAUUGUUGUUGUUGUCAUUCUUGGAUAGGACAGAGAGAAAUGGAGAGAGGAGGGGAAGACAGAGGGGGAGAGAAAGACAGACACCUGCAGACCUGCUUCACUGCUUGUGAAGUGACUCUCCUGCAGGUGGGGAGCUGGGGGCUCGAACCAGGAUCCUUAUGUUGGGCCUUAAGCUUUAUGCCACAUGCGCUUAACCCGCUGCACUACCGCCUGACCCCCUAUUUUCCCUUUUCUAUUUUCAGUUAAUAGGACAGAAAUUGAGGGGGCUGGGUGGUGGUGCACCUGGUUAAGCGCACAUAGUACUAUGCACAAGAACCUGUGCAAAACCCCAGGUUCGAGCCCCUUCUCCCCACCUGCAGGGGCAGGGGGUGCUUCACAAGUGGUGAAGCAGGUCUGCAGGUAACUGUCUCUCUCCCUAUCUCCUCUUCCCCUCUCAGUCUCUCUCUAUCCUAUCCAAUAAAA